GCCCUAUCCAUGUUCUGUGUAAAACGUUUUGACGAAUUGUAUUACAUAAUUAUUGACGUCACAUUUCCUCUGCAGAAAAUAGCUGAAACAGAAAGAAAGAACCAGUUGUUUUGCUUUCUGAGAACACGGCUCAGCAAUGAUGGGGGGCUGUUGGAGGCAGGAGUUGUAUAAAUACAGGGAGCACAGAGCAGGUUUCUAUCACACUUCAAUCCUUGAAGAUUAUAAGCUUGCAUCCCAACAGAAGCUCUGAACCAUCUCUGAACUAUGAAGACUCUGGUGACUCUCGUACUUCUGAUCUGCGUCCUGCGCCACUGCACUGCCGCUCUGUUUGGACCAUCAACACCAAAGGAUGGAUGUUGUAAUGGCUUCACUACAAAACAAAUUCCCAGACGAAUGGUGAAACACGUGGCGGAGACCCCGAGUGACUGUGAAUCCCGAGCAAUUGUAAUCACAACUGUAUGUCUGAAGAAGUUCUGUAUUGAUCCCAACCUGCCCUUCACAAAGAAGCAAUUUGCACUUUUCAAGACGUCUGCAAAUGGUUUCAAUGUUGGAACAUGUCCAAUGAAACAAUACAAAAGAGUGAGAGGCUGAUCCUUUUUUUCAACUCACAUUGUGAGUGUCUACUACUACUAUUGUACGUUACUGAAUUAAUAUUAAGAUGUGUCCUCAUGUGUGUGUAUGACAUUGCCUAAGUUUAUAUUUGGAGAACAUUGUAAAUGUAUUUUUGCUACACAGUGACUGUCCCUUUUAGAAUAAA